AUGGAAUCACACGACUUUGGCAAUAGCCAGGGGGCAUUCCAGAUCUAUCUAGAUGCCGUUGAAGAGCAUACUCGCGACAAUCGUCCAUCUCCAGUGCUGACAGGCGACCCUUUCAGUGCUACUGACAAUCCCCAGGACGACACAAAUGCGGCAUCAUCAAGCAAUGUACCUAAGCGGCCCCGGAAAGCACGAACUCCCAAACAAGGCAUCGCUGAUGCGAGCCUGAGAGAGUUCAAAGAGUUUAUGAUACAAUAUCGCCUUGAUCACUGGAGAGCAAGAGCGCGGAUCGUUCAUGUCAAGGGUCAAACUAAUAUGACAGCUUUCUGGAGCCCACAAUGGGCUGGCUUCGAGGUUGCGGACAGUGGGAUUAACGUGUUCGAUGGCUUCGACCGAACGUGGUUUGUACCAUUUGACAUAACCACACCCCUGCCUGCCGAAAAGCGGGAGAUCGCAGAGGACCUCCGGAAACGACGCCUUGAACUAGAGGCUGCAUAUCGCACCAAGGUCGACAAAGACAAGACCUUUCCAACGAAACUGCAGCACUUAGUUGAAGAAGAGGUUAAAGAGACAUGCCAGACGUUGUGGGAGCCCAAUGUCUAUGACCCAGACCGGGAGCCAGCAAGAUGGGAUGAUGUGCGAGCAAGCUUUCAACUCAGUCACUUGGUCACAAUGGUAGCCCAAACUCGCUUGGGUGUUGGCAAAGAACAGUUAUCAGGCUAUUACCAGGUCAAGGUCCUCGAUUUAGGGGUCGACGGUAAGAUUAAUUACCAGUGUGUCAAUCUACCCAGCGAUGUCAGCAUGGAGGGAAUGCUUUCACGAAUGAAAGCCAGGUUUCCUCCCGACAGUGAACAGAGCCAACGCACUAUCAACGUCUUUAUACACAGACUCGAGAUUGUUUGGCAUCGUGGAGAUGAAACACAGCGAAAGAAAGCCCAAGGCUUGUUUCGCCAGCUGCAUGAAUUGGUGCUAGCAGAGAAACCUGAAAGUGAGAGAUACUCAUGGGUUUUCAAGUUGAGAAGCAACUCCAAUUUCUAUAUUCCCGCCGGCAAGUUGCCUGAUCGUCUUAGUACGUGGACAAAGUUGAAUGAAACAACCUACCAAGAACUACUUGAAGGCGUACGAGCAAAGAAACAUCCGGUUCUUAUCCGAAAGGUUCGAGUUCGCCGGUGGUGGGCUGAAGUAGAUGAUCUUAUGAACCAAGCUGAAGUUUUCUUCGGCGGAGCCGGGCUGUCGUCUCUCCAGCUUGACAUCGUGGAUGAACUCCUCGCCAGCCGCACCCAGGAAGAAGUUCAGCGAGCAGCGAAAACAAAGCAAGCGCUAGACAGGGCGAAGCUUGCGACUAUGGGGACGCUUGAUUGUCCAAGUAAGGACAACAAUGAUGACGAGUUUGGCGCUUUUUGA